CACAAUUGCAGAGCGAAGCCGGAGGCUCAGACUGGACUUGUUGAUCUCCAUUAAGAAACAGCAAAAAGGAGCAAGAGGGUGGGGGCAGCAACGAAAAGAAAAAGCAAAGAGAGAGAGAGAGAGAAACGUUUUCUUUCAGUGGUGCCCUGCUUUCUGAUUCUGACUCCGGACUCUAUAUUCGGUUUCGAUAGAUCUGAAGGUGGGGCUUGGGAAGAAGAAGAAGAAGAAGAAGAAGACAGACAGAACCAUAUGAGGGCCUUGGAGAAGCUUCUUGGGAAGAAAUAAAGAGAUAAUCCCGGCAUGAUAUGCAAUUUUCCGGUGUCUUGGACCGCGCUGCUCUCCCCGGCCUCCCCUUUCCAGCCGUGGGGGGCUUUUAAACACCCUGGAAUUGGAUUUCUAGCUCCCCACCCCCCGCCCGGCUUGCAAGAAAAGGAUGCCAGCGACCGCUUGCUGCUGCUGCUGCUGCUGAUCUCUCCCUCCCCGUCUGAAGCAUGAUGUAGCUGCCCGCCCAGCCGAUGCCCUCGUCUCCGCCGAAAGCCGACCCCGCCGCCAGCGUUUCUCUAGGAUCGUGGCCAAGGAAGCAUGGAAGAGAAGGAGAACCGGUGAAGAGCUCCUACUCAGAAGUGUGAGUGCCCUGGAAGCUUUUGUUGGCCUGUUGCAGCUUUGUAGAGAAGAGCAAUGCCUGCAGGGAUGAAUAAGCAUGGAUCUCGAUCUACUACCUCUUUGCCUCCAGAUCCCAUGGAGAUUGUCAGGAGCAAAGCCUGCUCCAGGAGGGUCAAGCUUAAUGUAGGUGGCUUGGCUCAUGAGGUUUUGUGGAGAACCUUGGACAGGUUACCACGGACAAGGUUAGGUAAGCUCAGAGACUGCAACACCCACGAAACCCUUAUGGAUAUAUGCGAUGACUACAACUUGGAGGAGAAUGAGUAUUUCUUUGAUAGACACCCAGGGGCAUUUACUUCUAUCUUGAACUUUUACCGCACAGGCAAGUUGCACAUGAUGGAGGAGAUGUGUGCAUUGUCCUUCAGUCAAGAGCUGGACUAUUGGGGGAUCGAUGAGAUCUAUCUGGAGUCCUGUUGUCAAGCAAGGUACCACCAGAAGAAGGAGCAGAUGAACGAGGAGCUCAAGAGAGAAGCCGAAACCAUGCGGGAUAGGGAAGGAGAGGAGUUUGAUAAUACCUGCUGUGCCGAGAAGAGGAAAAAGCUCUGGGACCUUCUGGAGAAGCCCAAUUCUUCUGUAGCGGCCAAGAUUUUGGCCAUCAUUUCCAUCAUGUUCAUUGUCCUCUCUACAAUUGCCUUGUCACUCAACACUCUUCCUGAACUCCAAGGCACAGACGAAUAUGGACAUUCCACAGAUAACCCACAGCUAGCCCACGUGGAGGCAGUGUGCAUUGCAUGGUUCACAAUGGAAUACCUCCUACGGUUCCUAUCCUCGCCCAAGAAAUGGAAGUUUUUCAAAGGCCCACUGAAUGCUAUCGACUUGUUAGCCAUCUUGCCCUACUACGUCACCAUCUUCCUCACAGAAUCAAACAAAAGUGUACUUCAGUUCCAGAAUGUGCGGAGGGUGGUGCAGAUAUUCCGUAUCAUGAGGAUACUCCGAAUUCUAAAGCUAGCUAGACACUCCACAGGUUUGCAAUCCCUGGGAUUUACGCUGAGGAGAAGCUACAACGAACUGGGGCUGCUCAUUUUAUUUCUGGCCAUGGGCAUUAUGAUCUUUUCCAGCUUGGUGUUUUUUGCAGAAAAAGAUGAGGAGGAUACAAAAUUCAAGAGCAUCCCAGCAUCCUUUUGGUGGGCAACUAUAACCAUGACAACAGUUGGCUAUGGAGACAUUUAUCCUAAAACACUCUUAGGUAAGAUCGUUGGUGGCUUAUGCUGUAUUGCUGGUGUCUUAGUUAUUGCCCUUCCUAUCCCCAUAAUUGUAAAUAACUUUUCUGAGUUCUACAAAGAACAGAAGAGGCAGGAAAAAGCCAUCAAGCGCAGAGAAGCUCUCGAAAGAGCAAAAAGAAAUGGCAGCAUUGUGUCCAUGAAUAUGAAGGAUGCUUUUGCUCGUAGUAUAGAACUGAUGGACAUAGUUGUUGAAAAGAAGGAAGAGAAUGCAGGCAAAAAGGAUAAAGUUCAGGACAAUCACUUAUCCCCAACCAAGUGGAAGUGGGCCAAGAGAUCUCUCUCUGAAACUAGCUCUAACAAAUCUUUAGAGACAAAGGAACAAGUCUCACCAGAAAAAGCUCGGUCUUCUUCAAGUCCUCAGCAUCUGAACAUACAACAGCUGGAAGACAUGUACAACAAAAUGGCAAAAGCUCAGUCUCAGCCAAACCUCAACACUAAGGAUUCGGGACAACCCAGCAAGCAAAAAGAAGAACUAGAAAUGGAGGCCAUACCUGGCCCGAUGGUCCCACUGUUGACCACACGUGCAGAUGGGAUCAUUGACAUGAGGAGCAUGUCAAGCAUAGACAGUUAUAUAAGCUGUGCUACAGAUUUUCCUGACACUGGGCGAUAUUCCCAUAGCCCCCUAACUGCACUGCCUAGCAAAGGUGGAAUGAAUCCACUUCAGGAGCCAUUCAGGCCAGAGGGAAGUGGGGCCAAAUUCAUGGAGAUAAAACCAAACCUAGAAAGUAGUCGUUGCUCUACCUUUUUCAUAGAAAGUCCCAAACGUUCCAUAAAAGUCACUAAUCCUCUAAAAUUAAGAUCUCUGAAGGUUAACUUCAUGGAAGAGGAUACCAGCUCAGUAGGAUCAGCAGCAUCAAAUGUCCUGAGAAUAUAUCCAGAACCCCUCAAGAACAGGGGAACUACAGGGGCAGCUACAGAUAGUUCAGUACGCUCUGAUCGAUCUUUAAUGAGUCCUGAAACCUCUCUGUACACGACUGCAAGUUCUAGGACACCCACGAAGUCACCAGAGACAAAGACAGCAAUAGUUUUUAAUUUCCACGAUGCUGGGAUACAUAAAUAUAUCGAUGCUGACACAGAUGAUGAAGGUCAAUUGCUCUAUGACUCAAGUCCUCCAAAGGCCCCACCAGGAAACCCAACUCCCAAAUACAGCAUUUCACACAGUGGCUAUUUAAGGCAAAGAGAAAACAUUUACAGAACAGAGAAGAACCACUUAGAGACUGCUGCUUUACCCUCCUCCCCCAAGCUCAUAGGGCAAAAUUGCCUUUAUUCCAUGGAAAGUAUCACUGGAAGAACCCAUGGCAACCAAGAAACUAUCAAAUUAGAGAAUCACAUUUCACCCGAGGUUCACAUAUUACCAGGUGGAGGAGGACAUGGUAACACACACGAUCAGAAUAUCUGACGUGCUCCAGAACUUUUGUUGAAAGCUAAAGAGGAAUGCCUUUACAGUCAACACACACAAAAAGAGCUUCUGCAUGGCAUGAACUUCUGACCGAAAUAAGCCACCUGUUUUAUAAAAGCCAAGAGGAUGCCCUCAAGGAGGGUUUAGGAAUAAAACCUCCUCUGGAAUCCCUUCAGGAUUGUUGCCCCAAUCUAUCCACAGUCAAAUAACAAUUGCACAUCUUGAUCAUACUUUGAUCUCAUGUCAACUUCCUCAUUGAAGUCAAUGUGACCAAAUAGUCUAUUAACUACCCCCUUUUUGAUGGACCUCUUUUAUGGCAAUGCCAGUACCUGAUUUGCAUUACCCCUUAAAGGAGGCCAAGGCAGCCAGAUUCAAACACUGGAACAAGGUGGUAGAUGGGAUACUAUGAUCAGAAAUGCAACACUCUUUGCUUAGGGGCAACUGUUCGAAACAUCCCCAUCUAUGCCUUUUUCUCUGAUGGAUACAAGGUCUAAAGGUAACAGGGUGAGCUUGGGUAGGUUUAUGGUUAAAUUGAAAUUUAAUUUAAUUGAGAAAUAAACUGUUUAAAUUAUCUCUGUGUGCUUAAUACUUUGAGAUACAUUGAGACCUGAAGUUUUGUUUUUAAAACAUUGGCAGGGUGAGUUGCACCACUUGUAUCUAAAUCCAGCCCUAAAAAUUAUAUAAAAUUUGCACUUACUAAAAGUAAAUGCAAAUUUGCUAUAGGUAGCAAAUCUGAGAAUGGGAAUGUGAUUUUUACAUUGGGAUUAGGAAGGUAGUUUUCAAACUUAAAUCAGUGGGGUGUUUGGAGGAGUUAUCCAAAAAUAAAAACCUCCUGCAGACACUUUCAGGAGAAGACAUUUUCAUGUUCUUAUGAGCGAGACAGAAGCCCUAGUCAGACAUUAUGCUGUACAUGCAUACAGGAGUCUAUAUGAGUUCAUUUUAAAAAGUGAACCUGGUUACACUCCCUCAAAUGCAGGGUGCAGAUAGGGAACUCUGAAUGCAUGUUGAAGAUAAAGAUAAUAUGUGAAUAACUGCAUGUACACUGUAUACAGACUGUACGUGUGUUGAACAUAAUGUGUGAAUAAGGUUAGAGUUCUGCCAGCAUUCUUGUAAGAUCUCAUCCUUGUGUAGAGGGGAGGGGCGUUCUCCUUAGUAGAGUACUACCCAGAACCAACAGUUGUGUAAAUGAAAGGAAAGCAGAGCCACUGGAGAUUCUGAAAAAAACCAAAUGGCAGUAUUGAGCUAUGGAGCUAUACUAAUUGUGGGCACAGCUGCACUACAAAGGAGGCUAAAAUAGAGCAUGGAAAGACAUUCAAUAACCACUCCCUGAAUCUUUACACCUAAUCUGUUCACUAAGCUAGAAGACUCCUUCUACAAGGUUUUGCACUUAAAUAGCAUAGAAUGAAAACAUAUGCAAGUUUUAACCAAAUAUGCAAAAACAGAAGUUGUUCCUGAGCAUGGACCUGAUCCUCUUCUCAUGUAGACUGAUGUAAAUAAGGAUUAACUCCACGGGUAUUUUACAAGUGAAAAACAGGAAUAAAUGGGGAGAGAAUCAAGGCCAAUGCUCUGUUUCAGUCAUUUAUGUUUUUUAACAGGCCAUUUUAAACAAAAGCAUAAACAGUAGCACCAGCUUGGAUUUGACACUAAUACUGUUAUAGCAAAUCUAGUAUUAUUUAAUUUUGUUGGUCUUUAUGUUGAUUUUGUGAUUGCUUUUGAAAAAAACAGUGAAGUAGAGAAGCCGAAAGAAUGUAUUAAAAUAAUCUAGCACUUUAAAACAAGCACUAUCUUGAUUUGUGCCUCGUCACAUCUGUGAUUUGUUACCCACCUGGUAAUGAACUACAAAAACUGUGAUGAUAACACUUAAUGUUGUGUCCAUUGUUACUGUAAAGUCAUUGAAAGUUUUACUUCUUUUUCAGAGUAAAGUGCAUUCUUCUUAUACCGGGCACAUCAGUGUGGACUCUCGUCCAGUAUAAGAGAUAGACAGUAUAGGCUGAAGCUUUAGGUCAUUGCAUCCAAAGAUGAACAUUAAGAUACACAUUUAAAACUGAAAAGUUCAUAAACUUAUCUAAAUGCAUAUGAUCUAAAGCACAGAGCAGUCCUUGUUAAGAGCCGUAUAGUACAGUUUUGCAAUCUUUUCCUCAUUUUGUCUUUAAAAUAGGGGUUUGUUUGUUCCAUUCCUCUAGGAAGAGAUAUACAAACGGUGCUUUGAAAGCAGUUACUUGUUUGAGUAGCUAAUCAAGCACUUGAAAAAUCUGCAUUGGACGGGACCCAGAUUAAGUUAGUUCUUAUGGCCAUUGAAAUUAAUGUGACUUAAAUUAGUUAUGACUAACUUGUUGCAUUUGUUUCAAUGGUGUCUAGUUGUGACUAACUUAUUGGAUCCUGCCCAGUGUGCACAAGAGUUUCAUUGGCCAUUUUUGCAGGACUAAUGAUUGCAGAAUUGGGAACAGAGAAGUUUGACUUUCUGGCCAUUACAUCAGAUUGCCCCCUUUAACCAUGGGUGUUCUAAGUGGAAUUGUACUUACUGUGACAUGUAACUACUUGCAUGCAACAGGGCUUGGUACAUAAUUCUAAAAAACACGCUGUAAGUAAUACAUUGCAACCCUGAAAAAGGUCACUCAUUAUCUGGAACUAUUGCAUUUUGUCAAAUAGCUGCCUUUCUGGUGUCAAAUAGCUGUUGGUUAGUCCUGAAUGUAAUUAUUGUCCGUUCAAGCUGUACUGUACUUCUGUCUCUAAUGCAUGCAGCAUACACGGACAAAAGCAAUAAGCACAUGUAAAUCUUAGAAAUUAUUAUGGGUCGUAAUUAUUGCUUUGUUAAGUCAGUCCUUUGCACAAUAUUGUAUGUAGGUAUGGCUAUCUUGCACAUUUGCUCAAGUAUCCCAUCAUUCUCCAGAUACCUUCUGUUCUGUGGGGAUGUUUCCCAAGAGGCCCUUACUUCAUGAUUGGACCCACUCAUAUCUGUAUGUAUAUAGAAGCUCCCUGAUCAGGAUGUAAGUAACAUCAAGUUAAAGAAGGUUUUAGGUUGUUCAGCCUCGUUCCAUGCAAGGAGUCACACAAAGUCACCAAAAUAAGUACCUCUGCCUACAAGGAUCACUUCACCAAAAGAGCAUUUUUAAAAAAAAAUUAAAGAGCAGUUUCUAAAAGUAACGGAUCAUUCUUUGUUCACUCCAAAGUCUAUUUAACAGGAAUUCCAUAAUUAAUGUAUUUAGGAGAAAAUGAGUUACUUGUUGUAACAGUCAAGUAGUUAAUAAUGCAGCAAAUGGGCUUUAAGCAUAUUAUUUUAGGGUUUCAAUCUUAGGCACACUUAACACGAAGAACCCCAUUGAACUCAAAGAAGCUAUUUUGGGUGCAAAUAUGCAUAGGACUAGGCUGCAAAAACAAUUAUUUCAGAGGAGAAAAAAACCCUAACUGCAUUGGCAAAACUCCCAUGGAUUUUAAGGGGGAGGUGGGAGAAUUGUCUCAAAAAGAAACCAAGUGCUGUGGCCUAAUCCAGCAAAGUAUUGCUUUUGUGCUUUAAUGCAACACUGAAGCAAAUACAAGUGUUUAGGUCAUCUGCGGAACAAACCUCUAAAAUGUUUGUCUUACAAGGUCUGUCAUGUCCAUCAUCAGCACAAAUGUUUUUACAAAAAAGAAGAAUUCAGGGAAAAAUGACUUUUUGAUAAUUAAUAAUAAAUAAUAGUGAUUUCCACGUUGCGUAUUUUAAAGCUGAUUCUUUCAUGUAAAAAUUUUUCAAAGGAAUUGUAUUUUUCAUAUCAGGAAAGCAAAUGCAUUUAAAUAUAGCCAUAUAGAUAAAUUAUUUAGCACAUCUCUUUUCAAUGUGAUAUUUGGUUCAUAGAUGGCAUUCACACGAAUGAUAUCAUUUUAACACAAACUGGGAAAAUCAACUGGUGCAACUCUCCUUGUAACCAAAGGCUUUUUCUUUUCUUUUUUUGGCCUACUGUAGUCAAAUGUGAUACAGAUCUCUUGACAGCGCCGUUGAAAUGUAUAAUAAAAUAUCUAUCUUUGAGUGUGAAUCGCCAAAGUCCUACACAUUUCUUAUAGAAAGAGGAAAAUUAAACCUAAGUGUAUAGUGUGCUCAAAAAGCAUUUCUUCUGUUUGUAACACUAAUUCUGGCUCACAUUUUGUGCCCAGCUAAAAAUUAGGUAUGGGUAUGGGUAUGGGUCUUCCCACUGAAAUGGAUGGGAGAUGCAUAAAGCACAGUAAUGUUCUUGUCUCUCUUCCUCAUUUCAGUGCACGUGGUGCCAGAGAACUUCCCAGUGGAUUGUGUCCUAAGAUUAAUUUUAAUUCAAUAAUGCCCGGCACUUAUAUUGUGUGUACAAAAUAUGCAUAGAUGGACGAGCACUGGGAAAUCUACUCUGAACUAAAAAGCAUUGAAAAAGAAAAUGACAAUGCAAAGAACCAUGGGGUCCGUACUCGUCACAAAAAAGUAGUGCUAUGGAAGACCAUCAUCCUUGCCAAAAUCCAUAGGUGGUUAGAUUAGGCUUCUCUAUAAUUUGCUCGUGUUAGGUGCAUGGUGAAAUCUACCGUUAAGGCAGUGCUUUCCAGGAGAAGGCAAGCUGAGAGAGAAUGAGCAAAAUGUAAUUUUAUAAAGCUGUCACCAAGGGCCUGGGACGCAGAUAAACAGAAGUACAUGGUGCAUCUCUUGCUGGGCUCCACCAAUUCAGACAGUAGGGAUUGAAAAUCUGAAUGUUCUACCACCUUAAAAGAGAAACAAGCCCACCUCACAUGACACAAGGGAGGAAACCCAGAGUGUUGGGGAGAAGGUCUAGCCUACUUUUUUCCCUUUCACAUACUACUUUUGUAUGUGAAAAUGAAAUGUUAUGCGAGAAAGCAUUGAAACAUUCAGUUGCCCCACCUGUUGUCUGAAAUGGUGUAGCCCAGCAACACAAACAUCAAGCAGUGGUACUUCUCAUUUGUUUUAGCUCUUUAUGUUAAGAGGCAGAGAUAGUUGGGAGAAGAAAGAUUCCAGUGGGCAAUAAGAAAAGCAGAGAGAAGGUGGAGUGAGAGAAUCCUCCUUUGAGGUGAAGUACUGUAUUAGCUGGAGUGCUAGGGAGGAGCUCAUCAGCCUCCCAUAAUGCAUAGCAUAGAAUGACAUUUUAGCACUUCACUGAAGAUGCCAGAAAUGCCUAAAGAGCUGUUUUCCUGGUCAGCAAAACUUUAAUGGCAAAGAGAGGGAAAUAUAAACCAAUCUUUUGCAGUCUGACCACCAGUCCUUUACUUUUUGAUCUUCGCUUAUGCAUCAUGCUUCAAGCAAGCCAGCAAACAGAAUUUUAUUUGUGAAGGGACUUCUGUUUUUGCUUGCUUUUUACAUCACCCUGUUAGAUCACAGGAGAGAAUGAGUGCAGGCACUGUGCUUAACUAGGAGGAUUUUUUUUUAAGCUCCUAGCUUCUUCUUUUUUUAAAGCAAGGAAAAGUAAGUAACUGUAUUUGUAAUUGUGGUAGAUUUCUCAGUGCCUUUUCUUAGAAACUUCACCUAAGCACACUUCAGGAAAAUGAUGAGCAUAGUCUGUCCUGUGAAUUCCACAUUUUAUGAAAGGCUCAAGAAUCAGUUGCAAAAGAAGGCAGGGGUGGGGGGAGAAGACCCACAGAAUCCAUAUUUCCUUUCCGAACAGACUGUGUGGCAAAAAGCUUGAGGAAUUUUUUUUCCCUGUGCACAUCACACUGCAACAAAUCCAAUGUGACCUGUUUCCUUAGCAACCAUGGCUGUCAUAAACUUCAGCCUUUUCCCUUUGCAGCUAAUAUGGUACAAUCUUUUUAAGCAAAAUAGUAUUCUGUAAAAACAAAAUGUAAUGUAUUGAUAAUAUUUGUACCUACUGUAUAUUUAUGUCUUGACCGAAAGGUACUAAUGUAAGAUUACUAUAACAGGGAUAUUUCCGGUUCACAUGGAAGUCACUAAAGCCACAUUCUCUCUACUGAUACAUUCCACACAAUAUUUAGUAAAUUAGAAUAAUCUCCCAACCCCAUCCCAAUCCCACCACCGAAAUGCCACUAAUAAAAUCCUUGAGUAAAGCAAAGUGACUGCUACAUCGUACAUGACUGGGUGUGGAUUCACACAGCCUGUUCAUACGGUUACCAUACAGUGGGCUUAUUGUGCACCAUCAUCCCUCCCUGCUAAGACACUGCAUUUAUUUCCAUAGCUGCCGAUGCCUGGCACACUUGUUCUUGCAAUCAGUGGAUGCAUUUAGUGGGUGAAAUCCAGCCAAUUACAUUUGAGGGAGAAAUUUAACGGGCACAGUUUUCCUAUCAUGGAAGUGCAGCAAAGGGGGAAGCUGUACCUGUGGAAUUCCUCCCAUUUCACAAACUAACAGCUCGGGAGCUUCUUCCAGAAAAUGAAGUGACCACCCUAAUUUCUGUUCACCGCUUCAAGAGCCCUCCAUGAAGGAGCUUCCCUCUCCAAUCUCACAUGUAUGGCAUCUGUCACCCGAUUAAAGAAAACAUAGUUGAUUAAUCAUAUGAGUUUGGCUUGAUUAAAUUUGCAUAGAUUUGCCUGAAUUCACAAAUGGAUUUUUUUAAGCAUUCAGAAGCAUACUUCCUUUGUUUUUAAAUUACACACACCUGUGUUGACGAAUGUAUAAUUUUAUAGACAUUCCUCCCUGUUGGAAAGUCAAAGGGGAAUGCUCUUAAGGUGAUGCUUACCAGUUUUUCAUAUGUAUUUGUAUUAAAAAUAGUAUUUUUUUAAACUGCAGAUGAUUAAUUGGGGAGAAAUCUUUUCUCUCAAUUAAUUUCCCCCCCAUUGUUACAGCCCUAAUACAUACCUAUCAAAAUUAUCCUGAACGUUCUACUACAUGAGAACGGUCCUAUCCUGCUUGGACAUGAUAAGAUCCAUUCAAUGUCUAAGAUGGAUAUUUUCAGCAUACUGCCUAUUAUAUGGUUUAUGAAAUCUUCCCAUGGAAAACAUGGUUGUAGGAAUCCACAUUCAAUGAGAGGAGAGCACAGGUUUCCAUGUCACUCCCUUCCCUUAGUAAAAAAAAAAAAUUCCUGUAUUAUCAUUCCUGCUUAGAGGUAAUAACCACAACAAGCAAAAGUAGUUGUGUAGGUUGCUUUAUAAACAACUUGUCAGGGAGAAUAUGGCUUUAACCAAUUUCUGUUGAAAGUACAGGUGUUCUCUGUACCUCCAGUUUUCCAUUGUGUUGGCUCUGUACAUAACUGAUGUUGGGGGAAGUCAUGUGACUUUCAUGCAUUCCAGAGUAGUCUAUUUUUCUGUUCAAAUAAAGGAAAAAAAUUAUAUAUA